CAUGGCGGUGCGGGAAGCAGGGCGCGCUGACGGCCGCGGUGCUGGCGGCGGUGGCGGUGGCUGCUUGCGUGGCCUUCCUGCACCUCGCCUCGCACCGCCGCAUGGACGCGCUGCCGCAGCACCUGCAACCACUGCACCCUAUUGGCUUGACAGCUGCCCUUCUCGCACGUGUCACUCACGCGAGUUUCCAGCAAGCACCUGCCAUUCAAGGAGCAGGCCUGCAGAGCAUCAACUGUGAUGGCAGCAGGAGGGAAGGCGGCAGCGCUAGCGUCAAAAGCGGCAACAGCAGCACCUCACACACAAGGCAGAACGAGAGCUUAGCAGGCGGGAGGGAACGGGGUGAGGAGGACGGCGAGGGGGAGUAUCUGCUCGUGCAGCUCGCAGGGGGACUCAACCAAAUGCGGUCAGGGAUCUGCGAUGCAGUGGUGGUGGCGAAGCUGCUAGGGGCGACCCUGGUGCUGCCGCGGCUGGACAACUCCUCCUGGUGGGCGGACGGCAGCACAUUCUCCGACGUGUUUGACGCGCCUCACUUCAUCCGCAUGCUCGCCCCCUCAGUGAGGGUGGUGCCGCAAUUGCCCACGGUGCUCAGGGACCUGCCUCCAGUGGAGCGCACGGUGCCCAAAGCCUCCUCGCCCGACUACUACACGCACCACGUGCGCCCGCUCAUCAGGAGGGCGCAGGUGUUGAAGCUCAACAGCUUCAAGUUCAGGCUCACCGAUGACCUCCCUGCACCCCUGCACAAGCUUCGCUGUCAAGCCAACUACGAGGCUCUGCGCUUCGUGCCGCCAGUCACUCGAGCCGUCGCCCGCCUCACCAGCGCUCUCGCCCACCCCUCCCCCCUCGCCACCUCUGCUGCCAUCGACUCUGCCACUCCUGCUGCUGCCCUCGCUGGUCCUGCCGGCGCUCCUGCCAGUGCUGGUUCUCCUCAUCCUGCUGCUGCUGCCGGUGCUGCUGCUGCUGCUGCUGCCGCUGCUGCUGCCGCUGCUGCCGGUGCUGCUGCCAGUGCUGAUGUGGCUGCUGAUGCAGAGGGAGGCGGUGGUGGUGAGGGGGCACCUAAGUAUGUGGCGCUGCACCUCAGGUACGAGCCUGACAUGCUGGCAUUCACCGGGUGUGACUAUGGCGGAGGGGCGCGUGAGAGGAGGCUGUUUGAGAGGAUCAGGAAGAGAUGGCCGUACCUGCCCCGCAUGAACCCCAAGCUGCAACGGGCCAAGGGCAAGUGCCUUCUCACUCCCUCGCAGGUGGCACGGGCUCUGCAGGCACUGGGCUUCCCCCCAUCCACGCGGCUCUACAUCGCCUCGGGCGACCUGUAUGGGGGCCGCUCUGCGCUGAUUCCUUUACUCAACGCCUUCCCCCUCGCCACCGACAAGCACUCCCUCGCCCACGCUGGGGGGACGGACGGCAAGGGUGGUGGCGAUGGGGAUAUGGCAGGGGCCAUGGGUGGAGGAGGGGCGUUGGAGGGGGUUGAAGGGAGGAAGACACUGCUGGCAGCGGUGGACUAUGAGAUGUGCCGGCGGGGGGAGAUGCUGGUGCUCAACAACAAUGGCAACAUGGCUCACAUGCUCGCCGCCCAUCGCAGGCAUGACGGGGCGGACAGCGGCGUGUGGGACGCUCACUUCCACCACCUCUUCCUGCCGCUGCCGCUCUCGCCCUCCCUGCCUGACGACCACGAUGCACCGCACAACGGGUCGCAUAGCGACCCACGUGCAGCGACGGUGGCAGUGCUGCAUGAGAAACCGCUGUGGCUGCACUCGCCACUCUACGCUGAAGGGAGGCUCGACCUGGACAUCGUACCAGCUCCGGCACAAUCACCGCCACGUCAGCAGCCACCUCAGCAACCACAGCCGCAGCCGCAGCCGCAACCACACCCGCUGCCAGGCGAGCCGCAGCCGCAGCACAACCCGCAUGGGGCACAGCAGGCGCCGUGGCUGGUGGAGCAGCCGCCCAUCCCCUUCCCCACCCACCCCCACUCGGACCGCCGCCGCCUGCUGAGCACCGGCACCAGCAGGAUAGGCACCAGUACCGGCAAUGGCGCUGGCAGUGGCAGGGCGCGCUCCUCCCAGCACCUCAGCAGCGCCCGCCUGGCCUCUGCCCGCCUGCUCCUGUCGCCUCCUGAGUCCUUCCCUGUUGGGGCCGAGCCUGAUACGCAGAGCAGUGGGGGGCAGAGCAGUAGCGGGCAGGGCACGGGGCGAAGGCUGCUGGCAGAAGUGGCAGGAGGCAACACGGGAAGUACGGGUGGCAGCGGCAGUGGCAGCAGUGGUGGCGUUGGCAGCACGGUGUCUGUGAGCCUCCACCUGCUCUCGUCCCUGCGCAACGCAGCUACGAGCAUGGAGGUGGCGCCCGGGUCGGAGGAGGCGAUGGAGCUGCAGGCGUCCAUGGCGGAGUGCUACGGCAUGCUGCACCCCUCGCCUGCUGUGCAGCAACUGGUUGACCGGGAGAACCUCACGCACGUGCGCCACAGCACUGCCGUCUACAUGGAGCCGGUGCUGUCAGGGUGCACGGGGUGCGAUGUGAAGCAGCUGGUGAACUGCACGGCUCGUCGCCUCAUGUGGCUGUUCCUCGCACACCCCGCCACGCGCACCACCAUCGCCGCCUUCUGGCCCUCGCAGGCCCUCGCCGUCGCCCACACCUUCCACCCCGCCCGCCAGCCGCACCUCCUCCGCACCACUCUGCACCGCUCUGAACAGUGCCGGCCGAACCCGCAGCGCGGGGAGAUGGCGGCGCCGGCCAUCGUGCCGCACGCGUGGACGCCGAAGCAGAUCGCGGAGAAGCGGCACCGCGCUGACAUGGCCAAGAAUGUCACCCGCGCUGACGCUGCUGCUGCUGACGUGGCGAAGAGCGUGACGAGCAGGAAGGAGCGCAAGAAGUGGCUGGAUAAGGCGGUUCAGGAGCACAUGGAGGCGGGGGAGAAGGAGAACGUGAGUGGCACGGGCGAGGGGGGCGGGGAGGAGGGGAGCGGGGCAGGAGCAGGAGAGGAAGCAGCGGGAGGAGGGGAGGGAGGGAGUGCGAGCUUGAUUGCUGGGGUGGAUGGGCCGGAUGGAGGGGGAGAGGCGGGGGGGAUGGACGCCAAGGGCGAUGCGCGCAGGGAGCGAGUGCUGGAGUUCCUACAGAAGAUGUACGGGCCGGGCAUGGGGGCAAGGGAGAUGGGCAAGACAGCGGGCGAGCAGCGGCGGCAGAUCAGGGCGAUGCUGAAAGAGCUCAUGGGCAGGGACUGGAAGGCCGUGCUGGCAGGUGAGGAGCAGGGGGAGAAGGAGGGGGAGGGGGAUGAGGAGGGGGAGGGGGAGGGUGACGGGGAGGGGGAGGGUAAGCAGAACGUUUUCAGUUUGGUGCGAUUGCGGCGGUUGCUGCAGUCUGAAGGGGGGGAGGAUGGUGACGAGAAUGAGGAGGGGAAUGAGUCGCAUGCAGGCACGGGGAGAAAGAAGGCGAAGCAGGAGCAGCAGCAGCAAGGCGAGACAAGGGAGCAGCUGAGGAAGCAGAUGGAGGUGGCGGAGAGAGAAGUGGCUGAGAGGGAAGCGAGGGAGAGGGAGGAGGCACAGAGGGAGUGGGCGGGGCUGGACGCGAAGCAGAGGUCCAUCCGGUGCUCGCAGCUGGAGGCGGCAGAGCUGUUCGCGCUCUCCCACGCGCCGCGCCUCAUCCACCUGCAGCAGUCGCCUCAAGCUGACUUCCUGCACGCGCAGGCCAUCGCCCGCCGCACCCAAGUGGCCUCCCAAGCCGCGGGUGGUGCAGUGGGGAGGGGGGAUCGGGGCGGCGGGGGGUGGGUGGGGGCGAUGGCGGAGGGCGUGGAGCGCGGGGAGGAGGUGGGGCUGGUGCGCGAGGAUACGGUGUGCCAGGCACCAGCGACGAAGCCCAUCACGAAGCACCGCAUUGGACACCAGCUCAUCGUCGAUGAGGACAUAGGGCUGCUGUACUGCUGGGUGCCCAAGGUGGCGUGCACGAGCUGGAAGGUGUGGCUGAGGCAGCAGCACCACGACACGCACAGCAACGACCUGCUCUCCACGCACCGCCCCUUCGCCUCCAACAUCACGGAGCUAUGGUACGCGCUGUCGGAGCCAGAAGCCAUCCGUGCCGUGACGCGGCCCGACCUGCUGCGCUUUGUGUUCGUGCGCCAGCCCUUCGAGCGCAUCGUGUCGGCGUACCUCAACAAGCACGUGGCGGGCGGCGGGCCCGACGGAUGGGGGAGGAAGUUCUGGAACCUGAACUUCUUUGGGCACCUGGCGUACUUCCGGCAGAUGAGCAACCGCACGGGCGGCAACUUCACGUUCCCCGAGUUCGUGCGCCUCGUGGAGUAUGGCAUGCGCUUCGACAGGCGCAAGAACAUGGACAACCACCUCGCGCCACAGUCGCUGCUGUGCGGGUUGGACCGCAUAAGGUACGGCCUGGUGGGGCGGUUUGAGCGCAUGGAGGAGGACGUGAAGGCAGUCAUGACGCGCCUGGGCCGCCAGCCGGGCGAUGCGUUUGACUUCGGCAAGAAGAUCCACCCCACCAAGUCACGCGACCAGCUGCUGCAGCUGUAUAGUGAUGCUGCGACGUAUUUCAAGGUGAAGAGCACGUAUGCAGCGGACAUGGAUGAGCCAUUCAAUAACAUCCACUUCGACCCGCCGCCUGAGCUGCGAGACAAGUUUGAACCAAACCAAAGUCAAUACAGGGCGCGAUGA